AAUUCAAGUGUAGUGAAAAUUGAAAAAGAAAACGAUUCCCAAAAAAAAAAAAAAGCUGAGUGAACAACUAAUUAUUGAAGGAGAAAUGGAAGACUCAACUUCAGCAGUAGAUCAGAGAGAUGAAUCUACUGAAGAGGAAGUUACGAUCAGAAAACAGAAUACGGAUCAACCGUCAACGUGUUCCGAGACUGAACGGGAAGCAUUUGGACUCGACGGCAGCGCAUCGGAGACGACAUGGAACAAAAGCGACAUCUUGAAAGCCGUCGAAGUGGUUGAGAGUGACUCUCGGGCUAUUGCCGAUAGCUUCUCCUCCCUCUUUGAUUCGCUUCGAUUCGCUCUCUCUGAGGUCACUAGUGGCUCGGUUGAUCAUAUGCGAUGCUUCGGUGAUGCUGUUGGGCGUCUUCAAGAAUCUGCACUUGAUGCGGCAACAAAGGGAAACCGGUAUAUAAAUUCAUGUCUCAGAUUGAAUGAGGAAAUGAAGGGCAUGGACAGUCUAGCUACUCAGCUGAAAAUUCUGAGGAGGAAUGUAGAUGCCCUAGACGUGGCUGUGAACAAGCUCGUGCGACUUCCAUGAGGAUGAGGGGCAGCAGCUCAAAUUUAGGAAAAGUAAAUAAUGACUGGCUUUUGUUGUCUCCUGCACAUUUGUAUAAUGCACAAAAUAAAAUUUUAGGACUUUUACAUUCAUACUUUUGUCUCUUUUUAUGAAGAACAGAUGAAUGUUCCAGUGAUAGAAUUCUUAGGAAGUUACUACAAAUAACAGUAGCGGUUCAUAAUGGUAUUUCGGAACCUUUCCGUUUCACCAA